CCCCAUGACACUGUCAUGCUCGCACCUGAGGGUAUAUUUAGCUGCCAUCACUACAUACCAUCCCUUUCACGAUGCAUAUAAGCAGCUAGGUGACUGGCGCGUUACCCUAAACCAGGCAAGCGGGAAGUCGCUCAUUUCCUAUUAUUAUCACCAUGAUGCAGUGUUGAUGCCUUGCAUUGAUAACCGCUGCUACCUCAAACUUCUCGCUCCCCGCAAAGACUAUAUGCAGUUAUUCUUCUCUGAAGCCAUGCUUCUCAGAGAAGGAUCACUCGCCGUUCAGCUUCUCAGAUGGCCACAUCUCCCUCCACUCCUCACACACCCGCUUUUCUUCGUCUCACCCCUGCGCUACGCCAAAGGAUAUACUCUUAUCUACUACCACCCCAUCCGGACGAAGAGACUACAACGAUUGUAUACGAUCUGAAGUUUCCCUAUCUUCAGCACCCCAGCUCCACAACAUUUACGCCGCACCAGCUUGAUAUCUGCACAUGUCCCCUACAGCCACUGCAUCAACAAGACGCUGAGAACCCGAGCCCCCCUGGGUGCAACGACCACAUCUACAGCCGCUACAUUUGCUGCGGUCCAGAAGUCAUUGUUCGGCCCGGAACUCAUACAGCCUGGGUCCUCCAACAAGCAGGCCCAGCCUUCAAUGUGCUCCGUCCAGCUACCGAUGAAGAACUCCAGCGUCGUCCGCACGCCGGCAUCGUCUUGGUCAACAAGGCCAUAUACAGCGAGACCCUGCCGGUUCUGUAUCGCAACCGCAACUUCCUGCUCCUGACUGGGAUAUGUUCACGUGGCCGAUACCAGGCGUAUGCAACGCAAACGUGGCUUUCAGGACUGAGUCCUCUCGCACGGUCCAAUGUGACGUCUCUCACUCUACUCUGCCAUAGCAACGAGGAGGAUUGUAGAGAUGAGGAUGCUCAACUGUCAUACACGGAUUUUGCGAGAUUUUGUCUAGACGAAGUGACAAGUUUGCAGCGUCUCCGGCUAAAAGUAUGGCCUGAUGAGAACGGCAUAUCACUUCGGCCUUUUUCCAUCUUGUUGGGACGGCCUGAUUUUGCCAUUCAUAUGGUGGAGCAUCUUGAUGUUGACGAUGUCUUUGUGUUUCGAGACGCUGCGACAUUUCUUCACUAUUGCAAUCAGAAGGAGCAAGGAUAAGAACCCUUCUAGUUCCGGAAUCGAUAGGCGUAACUAUCCAAUCCAAUAAGGAGGUUGUGAAAGCGGAGCAUGAUAGACUGAUUCCUGAAAUAUAUCCAACGGCGCCUUCACUUCCCUGUAAAAUU